AUGAUGAACACCUCCUGUCCUUGUGUCAGCUUUGAAUUUACAGGCAGAUUCCUGCCGCCUGUUUACUUCUUGGUAUUCACCAUUGGUCUGGUAGCUAAUGGAUGGGGAUUGAAGUCUUUGCUGCAGAAAUGGAGGAAACUUAAGAUCAUCAAUGUUUUUGUUCUGAACCUUGGUCUUGCAGAUAUUUUGUAUCUGCUCACACUCCCGUUUCUGAUGGUGUACUAUUUUAGGGAAGAGAUUUGGAUCUUUGGAGACACAUUCUGCAAGAUAACAAGAUUCUGCUUCAACCUGAAUUUAUAUGGCAGCAUUGGGUUCCUUACUUGCAUAAGUGUGUACAGGUACCUGACCAUUGUUCAUCCAGCGAGAAUGAUGGGAAGAUUAACUGUCACCCACUCUGUGGCUAUUUCAGUCAUGGUUUGGCUGUUGGUGAGUGUUCAAAGUCUUCCGGACAUGUUCUACACCAAGACAUUUGGAAACAGGCCUGGGAAAUGCUAUGAUACGACCCACAAGAGAUAUGUUGAGGAUUACCUGAAAUACAGCAUCGGAAGGACACUCACUGGGUUUUGCAUCCCAUUCCUCGUCACACUGGGUUGCUAUGGACAUGUGAUUGUCAUUCUCUGUCGCAGAAAUACCACUGACAAGGUACAAAAACAGAGAAGUUUGAAGUUGUUGCUCAUCUUGAUUGUUCUCUUCUGUGUUUGUUACAUCCCCUAUCAUGUAUUGAAGAACCUCAACCUCUUCUCAAGAGUUUUAUUAAAACAGCAGGUAUGCUAUGAUUGGUUUAAUGGAGUCUACAUUGCUCAUCAGAUAAGUCGUGGGCUUGUGUGUCUGAACAGUGCUCUCAACCCUCUGGUUUAUCUUCAUGGAAAUGAAGAUAUUCGUUCUCAGCUCACACAGCUGCUCCAGCGAGCUCGUCAGAUGUUCAAACGUCCACCUCAAACAGACUCUGGUAGUGUGCCCAUGAAUCAAAUCACAGAUGAAGUUUAAUACAUGAAAAAUGUGUUCUUACAGUGACAUAUUAGACAUUAGUAUAUAUCUGUAAAUGUUUCUCAAAAAUAAUGUUUUUAAUUUAAAUUUGUCCCUUUAAUUUUCAUUGUCCCAGCAGUAUGUUGUGUUGUUGCUGAAAUGUGCUACAUAAAUAAACUUGCCUUGCCUAGUAGUUCUGUGUUUGCAAUAUGCAGCUUAUGUAACCACCAAACCUUUGACUUUGCAACAGAUUGCAAGUAAGAUUUCAUUCAUGCUAAUAUUUAACUUUAUGUGAUAUACUGACACAAUAUUUAGCAUAAAAAGACAGUUUACAAUGAAUAAAAUAACUAAAGGUUAAUCAAAUAAGAAUACUGUUCAAGUUUAUA